AAUCAGAAAAAAUAUAUGCCUUAAACUUUGAUUAUUUUAGUUAUAAGAUGACAUAACCGCUUUGUGUAGAAUUGCUGGCUCGGUACAGUAGAACAGAUAAGGGCAAGUGUUUGUUCUUUGUAACUCUUCUGCAAAUGCUUCGCUCACCGUGGCCUUGAAGGUAGAAAAAAAAAAAGUAUGUACAAAGUAGAUUUCCAGGUGCAAGAAGGAGGUUUGUGAACUAACCCUACCUCCCCCAUAAUUCCCAUCCUGAUAACAGCAAAGAAAUAAUGAAGUAAUAUUAUAGCCGCUUUUCAUGCUAAUUUCACUAUAUGAUCACGUGAGUUGUAAGCGACUGUUAAAAAGUAUAUAAGCCUCCUGAUUUUGCUCUUGGGGGGGGACCCCUUCCAAGUGCUUGGGAAAUCCAUGUCACUUUGGAACUCCCCCUACAGCUGUAGUUUCUUUUGAAUAAAAGCUUCUGCUGACCUGACCCAAAAGUACUCUGUGUGUGUUUCCACGACAAUUCCUGGUGCCGUGACUCGGAUCCAGAACACAGGCUGAGGAAGGAGGACCGCAGGCUACCCCCCCCCCGAACCCUGAGGCACCAAACUUGAGAGGUCUGUUCAUUCACAGGUCCAAGAAGCCUUACCUCAACCACCGGAUGUUCCCUGUCACAACCUCGAACCAGGGGAUUGGAUCUACGUAAAGGUCUAUCAACGAAAAAACGCACUUCAACCCAGAUGGAAAGGACCUUUCCAGGUACUUCUAACCACUAAUUCUGCUGUUCGUUGCCAAGGUCACCAAACAUGGACUCACGCCUCGCACUGCAAGAAGGUAUCACCUCCAUUGGACCCCGAAGCAGCUGUAUUCCAACCAAGGUUGGGAUCUUUCCCUGAGGCCAAGGACAAAGACCCUCAGGACCUCACUCAGGCAAGUGAGGAGCAUCAGGGUGCAAGUGCUAGUAACCUCUCCCCUGCACCCAACACCUCAGCCCAGCCGGAUUCAUCAGUUGAAGAACGAAGAUAUCAUCUUCGGCCUCGAAGAAAGUGAAUGCUCCCAUUCGGAAGAUCACCACCUCGAUCAAGACCAAGAGCUGACAUUAUCAGUCCUUUAGGUAACUUGAGCCCAGAGGACGAAGAAAGACUUUGGCUGCCAUCCUGGGUUUGGCUGGUAGUGUUCUUUUUCUUACUGGUGCUGGUUAUGUUUGUUGUUAAGAUUCUUUGUCCCUCCUGUAUCUAAAAAUGGCACUGAUAUCCUUAUAUAUCACACUUGGGUAUCUCAGUAUCACCCAAGGGGGGUGGGAGAAAAAUUUGUAUUUGCAGAUCUCCCAUGCGGUGGCUCAAGCUAGAAAUAAAAGUGACUGCUGGAUAUGCUCUCACAGCCCAGCACACCUACACCAAGGAAUCCCAAUGAUCGGAGUACCAAUAUCCCUCCAGCAAUGGGGAACAAUAAACGGCGGCUUCGUUAGACACUACUCGUUAGCUGCCCAUCGGUCCGCUCCUAAAGAAUGGAGGGCCGCCCCUGCUAACUGGAUAAUCUCCCCAAGAGUAGAGGCGCCUUUCUGUUACAGAUCCAACAACACCGGAGCUUAUAAUAAAGCCACACCUGUAGGACACUACCCUCAUUGCCUAACUACUCUAGAUUAUAGCCCUAGUAGCACCAGUGGAAUGCUGUUGGGUAACGUACCCUCUCUCAAUUGUACAGGAUUCAUGGUCUACAACUUUUCUAAGGAACCUCAUGUUGCUCUCAUUGCAAACAGAUCAGAAUUUUACAUUCACUCCAAUUUUACUUCUUGUAAUAUAUCUCGGUCCAGCAGGAUAGCAGCUGAACGUGGACCGUCCUAUACGAUGCAUAUCAAUCGAAAGUGCCGGAUAGGGCACAACAACUGUCGAGAUUUGAGUACCCUUUCUGCCCCAGGCCUUUACUGGCUCUGCGGAAACAGGGCUCAUAAAAUCUUGCCCUGGAAUUGGGUGGGGGCAUGCACUCUUGGACGUGUUAUCCCUGGUUUCGAAAUGCAUAGUGCAAUAUAUCUGGAACAAGUAAAAAAUUUCAACCAUCACAUGAAAAGGGCGGUUAACCCCUUAGCUACCAGAAACACAGGGUUCCAUCGAUUUGUGAGAACCUUCCUACCGUGGCUUGGAGUAAGAGAAUUGGAACUAGCCAUAAUUAACAUUUCAGCCACAAUGGAAGCUAUGGGAAAUGCCACUGCGGAUGCAAUUCAGGCUCUGCAAAAAGAGAUCUCCCAGAUCUCACAAGUAACUAUACAACACCGCAUAGCCCUAGAUUACCUAUUGGUAUCCCAGGGAGGAGUAUGUGCCUUAGUAAACUCCACCUGUUGUGUCUAUGUCAAUCAGGACAUACGAAUCGAAACUGACAUUCACAAAAUCCGAAAUCAGUUAAGGGUCCUACAUCAAGUGGCCUCAGAAAAUACUGACUGGGGUCUAGAAGAAAUGUGGUCUUGGCUAACCUCCUGGCUCCCAGAUUUCGGGGCCCUUGGCAAGAAAAUCCUGUAUGGAAUAUUGUUUGUCUUGAUAGUUCUGAUAAUGUUCUAUGUCUUAAUGCAACUGAUCCUCUGCUGCGUGAAAGCCAGCAGGGGAAGCUUUAGCAAGGCAAGAAAACCCACAGCAGAGUCUAGAAUAAUGGUGUUACAAAAAUGUGAGCAGAUUGAAAGAAAACAUGAAAGGCUGCAUGAUGAAAUAGAGGGGCUCAUGAGAAUGGAAAUUUAAGGCUAAAGUGAGACUAAAUAGUCUCAAAGGGGGGGGCUGUGGAAUCAGAAAAAAUAUAUGCCUUAAACUUUCAUUAUUUUAGUUAUAAGAUGACAUAACCGCUUUGUGUAGAAUUGCUGGCUCGGUACAGUAGAACAGAUAAGGGCAAGUGUUUGUUCUUUGUAACUCUUCUGCAAAUGCUUCGCUCACCGUGGCCUUGAAGGUAGAAAAAAAAAAGUAUGUACAAAGUAGAUUUCCAGGUGCAAGAAGGAGGUUUGUGAACUAACCUUACCUCCCCCAUAAUUCCCAUCCUGAUAACAGCAAAGAAAUAAUGAAGUAAUAUUAUAGCCGCUUUUCAUGCUAAUUUCACUAUAUGAUCACGUGAGUUGUAAGCGACUGUUAAAAAGUAUAUAAGCCUCCUGAUUUUGCUCUUGGGGGGGGACCCCUUCCAAGUGCUUGGGAAAUCCAUGUCACUUUGGAACUCCCCCUACAGCUGUAGUUUCUUUUGAAUAAAAGCUUCUGCUGACCUGACCCAAAAGUACUCUGUGUGUGUUUCCACGACAGAGA